AUGAGCAUCACCGCCGAUAAUUCAAUCCAAUACGACGCUAUCGUCAUCGGCGCUGGGGUUGUGGGUCCAGCCAUCUCCACCGCAUUGGCUCGUCAAGGCAGAAAAGUCCUUUUAAUUGAAAGAGAUUGGACCCAACCAGACCGUAUCGUUGGUGAAUUGAUGCAACCGGCUGGUUUGAAAGCCCUCAAGUCCCUUGGGAUGAUUGAAGCGGUCAACAAUAUCGAAGCGAUCCAUGUCGACGGUUACAGCAUCUUUUACCAUGGCGAACAAUUGAUCAUUGAUUAUCCUGAAAAAUCCGUGUCCCAUAAAAUCCAAGAUGUUCCAUGUUGUGCCACCAAUGAAAAUAGUAAAAUUGUGAGUGAUUCCACCCUUGAUGCCAAAUAUUUUGAGGAAAAUGAACGCGAAGUGGGAGUGGCUUUUAGACACGGGGAAUUCAUUAGUAAUUUGAGAAGUAUUGCUAAAAAACAACCUAAUCUCACUUGCUUGAAGGGUACGGUUAUCAAAAUCGAGAAAAAUGACCUUGGUCACGUCACUGGGGUGAUGGUCAAUGAAACUGACCGUUCCAAAGUGGUAUACAAUGCUCAUUUGACCAUUUGUUGUGAUGGGAUCUUUUCAAAAUUCAGAAAAACUUUGGGACAAUCAAAUGUCCCUACCGUUGGAUCACAUUUCAUUUCUUUAACUUUGGAAAAUGCUGAAUUACCAUCCCCAAAUCAUGGCCAUGUGGUUAUUAGUAAUGAGGCGCCAAUUUUGAUUUAUCAAAUCUCCCCUGUGGAAACCAGAAUCUUGUGCGCUUACAGAUCACCAAAGUUACCAACCGUUAAUGAUGUGAAACUUAAGAAAUACUUGAAUGAAACCGUUUACAACAUUAUUCCUGAAUCUAUUAGACCUUCUUAUAAAAACGCAUUGCUCAAUUCAAGAAUUAGAAUCAUGCCAAACUCUUACUUGGUGGCUAAAAGAAACGAAAUCCCAGGAUUAUUCGUUAUGGGUGACGCCCUUAACAUGAGACAUCCGUUGACCGGUGGUGGGAUGACCGUUGGUUUGAAUGAUGCGGUAUUACUUGCCAAAUUGUUGUCUCCAGAUAAAAUUGAAUCAUUUGCCGACCAUUCAAAAGUAUUGGACCAAUUUAUGGAGUUCCAUCACGAAAGAAAAUCUUUAGAUUCUGUCAUUAAUGUGCUUUCUAUCGCUUUGUACUCUUUGUUCAGCGCUGAUUCCAAGUAUUUGGUGAUUCUACAAAAAGGUUGCUUCCAUUAUUUGACAAAGAUUCCAUACCCAAUUGCCUUAUUGAGUGGGUUAGUUCCUGAACCAUUUAUGUUAUUCAAGCACUUUUUCGCGGUGGCUUUCUUCAGUAUAAUGUUCAACUUCAGAGAAAAUGGAUUGGUGAUGUUCCCAGUUUCAAUUUACGAAGCGAUUUUCACUCUAUACACCGCCAUCGUGGUAUUCACUCCAUAUAUGUGGCAGGAAAUUGUAUCAUAG